AUCCUUUCUAAAGGUCUAUUCGGGCUAUCGAAUCCUGCAAAAGCUUUCACUUAAACCCUAAUACCCAAAUCCGAUAGCAUCUCUCUCUCUCUCUCUCUCUCUCUCUCUCUCUCUCCUCAUUCUCUUCCCCGGGGGAGAACCCGGCGGUCGAUCGAUCGAUCGAUCGAAACCCUAGCUCCGGCGAACUGACAAGGCGCUCGGUCGCUCGAGCAAUGGCGUCGGUUUACAUACCAGUCCAGAACUCAGAGGAGGAGGUCAGGGUCGCCCUCGAUCAAUUGCCGAGGGACGCCUCCGACAUCCUCGACAUCCUCAAAGCCGAGCAGGCCCCUCUCGAUCUCUGGCUCAUCAUCGCGAGAGAAUACUUCAAGCAAGGAAAAAUCGAACAGUUUCGGCAAAUUUUGGAGGAAGGUUCGGGUCCAGAAAUCGAUGAGUAUUAUGCUGAUGUGAAGUACGAGCGGAUUGCUAUCCUAAAUGCUUUGGGGGCAUAUCAUACUUAUCUGGGGAAGCUUGAGAUGAAACGAGAAAAUAACGAGAAUUUUAAGAUAGCAACUCAAUAUUACAAUAGAGCAUCAAGGAUCGAUGUUCACGAACCAUCGACGUGGAUUGGUAAAGGGCAUCUUUUUGUGGCCAAAGGUGACCUCCAGCAAGCUUCUGGUUUCUUUAAAAUAGUUUUGGAUGAAGAUCCUAAUAACAUCCCUGCUCUUCUUGGUCAGGCUUGUGUUGAGUUUAACCAGGGAGAAAGCCAAGAGCAGUAUAAAGCUACGGACUCAUAUAAAAACUCUUUGAAGUUAUUUAAGAGGGCAUUGCAAGUGCAUCCUAAUUGUCCUGGAGCUGUGAGACUUGGUAUAGCUCUAUGUCGCUACAGACUAGGUCAGUCCGAGAAAGCUCGACAGGCCUUUCACCGAGUCCUACAGUUAGAUCCAGAAAGUGUUGAGGCUCUAGUUGCUCUCGGAAUCAUGGAUUUGCAAACAAAUGAAGCUUAUGGAAUUCGCAACGGAAUGGAGAAAAUGCAAAGGGCUUUUGAAAUAUACCCUUAUUGUUCAAUGGCGCUAAAUCAUUUAGCAAAUCACUUUUUCUUUACUGGACAGCAUUUUUUGGUUGAGCAGUUAACUGAGACUGCUCUAGCUACAAGCAACCAUGGCUUGACAAAAUCACAUUCAUACUACAAUUUGGCAAGGUCUUACCACAGCAAGCGUGAUUUCGAGAAAGCUGGCCGUUACUACAUGGCGUCUGUCAAAGAAAUUAAUAGGCCACAAGACUUUGUGUUGCCAUUUUAUGGCUUGGGACAAGUCCAACUAAAAUUAGGAGAUUUUAGGAGUUCUCUUUCAAGCUUUGAGAAGGUGUUGGCGGUUUACCCUGAAAAUUGUGAGUGCAUGAAGGCUAUUGGCCACAUUUAUGUUCAGCUUGGUCAAAAUGAGAAGGCCCUGGAAAUCUUCCGCAAGGCUGCACGAAUUGACCCACGAGAUGCUCAGGCGUUUAUGGAGCUUGGGGAAUUGUUGAUAUCAUCUGAUGCUGGCGCUGCUUUAGAUGCAUUUAAAACGGCUCUUAGUCUCAUAAAGAAAGGUGGUGAAGAAGUACCAAUAGAAUUACUCAACAGCAUAGGAGUUCUCUACUUUGAGAAGGGAGAAUUCGAGCUUGCAGAACAGACGUUCAAGGACGCUUUGGGGGAAGGAAUCUGGGUUUCCUUCUUGAAUGGGGAAAUAAAUAUCUCUACUAUAGAUUGUAGCACCUUCUCUAUGCAGUAUAGGGAUAUGAGUCUAUUCCAUCAACUUGAAGAAGGUGGUACAUCUCUGAAGCUGCCUUGGGAUAAAGUUACUACACUGUUCAACUAUGCCAGAUUGCUUGAACAGUUAUAUAAUACUGAGAAAGCAAGCAUUCUUUACCGGUUUAUCUUAUUUAAGUAUCCAGACUAUAUUGAUGCUUAUUUGCGGCUCGCUGCCAUGGCCAAAGCACGAAACAACAUUCAGUUAAGCAUUGCAUUGAUUGGAGAUGCUCUUAAGAUAGAUGACAAGUGCCCCAAUGCUCUCUCCAUGCUUGGCAGUCUCGAAUUAAAGAAUGAUGAUUGGGUUAAGGCGAAAGAUACAUUUCGUGCUGCCAAAGAUGCAACUGAUGGGAAAGAAUCUUAUUCUACCUGGUGCGGUAAUUGGAACUACUUUGCAGCUAUUCGUUCUGAGAAAAGAGGUGCGAAAUUGGAAGCCACACAUCUUGAAAAGGCAAAAGAACUUUAUACUAAAAUAUUGAUGCUGCGUCCUGGGAACCUGUAUGCUGCCAAUGGUGCUGGGCUUGUCUUGGCUGAAAAAGGCCACUUUGAUGUUUCAAAGGAUAUAUUUACACAGGUUCAAGAAGCUGCCUCAGGAAGCGUUUUUGUUCAGAUGCCGGAUGUGUGGGUAAAUUUGGCUCAUGUUUACUUUGCUCAAGGUCAUUUCGCUUUGGCAGUGAAAAUGUACCAAAAUUGCUUGCGAAAGUUCUAUCACAACACGGACACACAGAUUCUUCUAUAUUUAGCCCGUACUCAUUAUGAGGCUGAACAGUGGCAAGAAUGUAAAAAAUCCUUGCUCAGAGCUAUUCAUUUGGCACCUUCAAAUUAUACACUCCGGUUUGAUGUGGGGGUUGCAUUGCAGAAGUUUUCUGCAUCAACCUUACAAAAGACGAAGAGAACUGCAGAUGAGGUGCGAUCAACUGUUGCAGAGUUGAAAAAUGCAGUUCGUGUAUUUAGUCAGUUGUCUGCAGCAUCCAGUUACCACACUCAUGGGUUUGACGAGAAGAAGAUAGAGACCCAUGUAGAGUAUUGUAAACACCUGCUUGAUGCUGCUAAGAUUCAUUGUGAAGUAGCUGAGCGUGAAGAGCAGCAAAACCGUCAGAGGUUAGAGCUUGCUCGCCAGGUUAGCUUGGCUGAGGAAGCUAGACGAAAGGCUGAAGAACAGAGGAAAUUUCAGGCAGAAAGAAGAAAGCAUGAAGAUGAGCUAAAGCAAUUGAGGCAGCAGGAGGAACAUUUUGAGCGUGUUAAGGAACAAUGGAAGUCCGUUAGCAUUCCAAGCGGUAAGCGGAAAGAAAGAACUCAGGGUGAAGACGAUGAGAGUGGAGAUGGUGGGAGGAGGAGGAAGAAGGGUGGGAAAAGGAGAAGGAAGGAGAAGAAGAGUAAGACUCGGUUUGAACAAGAACAAGAAGAAGAAGAAGCUGAAAUGGAGGAUGAGCAUGAAGAAAUGGAUGGAGAAGAUGUGAACCCAAUGAAUGAUCAGGAGGAUGGAGAAGACAGAACACGAGAUAAUUUUGUCGCUGCUGGUCUUGAAGAUUCCGAUGCUGAAGAAGACGUGGGUGCACCUUCAAAGCGCAAGAGACGGGCAUGGUCAGAAUCUGAUGAGGAAGAUGAUCAACCAUCAGAGCCAAAUCCCUCGGGU